AGAAGAAUAUAGUGAUUCAGAUAGUGACCAAAUUUCAUUUUCUCAAAACUAUGAAAAAUACAAAAAUAAAAAGAAACAUAAAGACAAAAUAAGAAGAGAAGAUAGAAAAGAAUGUGAACAAGAAAGAAUUUUUUUCAAAAAAAUGAUCAAAAAACAAAAUGAAAGAAUGGAAAAACAAAAUGAUAAAUUUAAUGAAAGAAUAGAAAAACAAAAUGAAAGAUUAAAU